AUGCCAGACACGGGUCCUAUAGCACCAACCAGGAUGAUAAUCAAGAAUGGAACAACAAAAAAAUUGAAAGUCCUAGUCAAGUACAAAUUCAAAAGAGCAAGGGAAAUAGUGCCAAAAGUUCUUCAUGAUCAUCUGGCAUACAGGUUUGAGAUUUUAGAAGUCAUCGGUAAAGGAUCGUUUGGUCAAGUUAUUCGGGCUCUUGACCACAAAACCAACCAGCAGGUGGCUGUGAAAAUCAUCCGGAACAAAAAACGAUUUCAUCAGCAAGCUGUCGUGGAAGUGAAGAUAUUAGAACUUCUAGCCAAAAAGGACAAAGACGGUUACCACAAUGUGAUUCAUAUAAUUGACCACUUUUAUUUCAGAAACCAUCUAUGUAUCACAUUUGAAUUAAUGGGCCUCAACCUGUAUGAAUUGAUAAAGAAAAAUAACUACCAAGGCUUAAGCCUAGGGCUUAUCCGAAGACUGACUUACUCACUAGUCCAGUGUCUGUGUCUCCUAUACAGAGAGAAUGUCAUUCACUGUGACUUAAAACCGGAAAAUAUCUUGCUCAAACAACGGGGAAGUAGUUCCAUAAAGGUGAUUGACUUUGGAAGUUCCUGUUUUAUCCAACAGAGGGUGUACACCUACAUACAAUCAAGGUUUUACAGGGCUCCUGAGGUGAUUCUGGGAGUACCCUAUGGACCAGCUAUUGACAUGUGGAGUCUUGGAUGUAUUCUGGCUGAGCUUUAUACCGGAUUUCCGCUGUUUCCUGGUGAAAACGAGGCUGACCAGCUGGCAUGCAUUAUGGAAGUUAUUGGACCACCUCCAGCUGAAGUCUUAGAGGUAGCAUCAAGACGUCGUUUGUUCUUUGAUUCCAAAGGAAAUCCCCGAAAUAUAACUAACAGCAAGGGUAAAAAACGUAGACCAGGAACCAAAACGCUACCCUUGGUACUUGGGUGCUACGAAGAACAGUUUGUGAAUUUCCUCACUAGGUGUCUCAAUUGGAACCCGGAGUUCAGGAUUACCCCAGAAGAGGCUCUAAACCACAAAUGGAUAGCUGAAUGCAAAGCUGGCCGUCGUGAGAGAAGCGGAUCUAAGAUGUCACAAGUUUCAACAUCAACAAAAGAGAGCGACCCGGAAAGCCGAAAGUCAUCAACUUUGAAAGUUCCUAAGUGCAUAAGCAUUUCUACUCGGGGAAGAUCUAUUGAAAGAAGAACAAGUAGUAAAACCUCCUCGGAAGAAUGUUUACUUCUACGACCAGUAGAAAGCGUGGACAGCAACAGUGGAGAAACACAGUAUCUACUAGAAGAUUCAGGAACCUUCUUACCGCCUAUCCUUUGAUGCGAGAUGUAUAACGUGGAGUUAUCAGUGUUUGUGGAUCCUUCGGCAGAGGAUGACUACAAAA